AGACCAUUAACACGAGGCAGUUCUGGUAAAGAAUAAGAAGACCAGUUCGGUUUUUGGGCAGAUCCAUACUGAGUGGUCGGGCGUGCCGGGCUAGUCGGUGCUUCAGAGGUUCUAACGACGGUUUCGGGCGGUGGAUCUUCGAGUUUCUCUCAUGUCGCGGAGUGAUGAACUGUAGAUUGGAAACCCCAUUUUUCCGGGCUUUUCCUUCUGGUAAAAAUUAAAGAUUCGCUCUUCUUUUAUGGAUGUGGUUCUUCUGUAUACCCAUCCCUGUGCUUGGAGUGCCCGGUCCCAUGAUUUAUCCCUUUUCCGCGCUAUCUUGUACAGUGCAUCAAAGCUUCCCUCGUCGCCGGCAGCUCAGUGACGAUGGUCUCCGUCACUUCCGUUGAGUUAAAUUACCUCGUCUUUCGCUACCUUAACGAAUCAGGUUUCACGCAUUCUGCUUUUGCUUUAGGAUAUGAGGCAGGGAUUGACAAAAGCCCUAUUGAUGGCAGUUUAGUUCCACCAGGUGCUCUUGUUACAUUCGUGCAGAAAGGACUUCAAUAUCUUGAGCUGGAAGCAAACUUGAGUACCAGUUCUGGAGAUGAGGACGAUGAUUUCUCCUUCUUACAACCUCUGGAUCUUAUAACAAAGGAUGUCAACGAACUACAGCAAAUCAUAAGAGAGAGAAAAGAAAAUCUUCGAAAGGAGAAAGAGAAGGAUAAGGAAAAAGAAAGGGAAUAUGACCAGGAACGUGAACGAGAACAAAAGCGAGAAAGGGAGAAGGAACGACUGGAAAGAGAGAGAGAGUGUGAAAGGGAAGGGGAGAGAAUAGAAAAAGAUAAGGAUCAUGAAAGGGAAAAGGAAAAAGAAAAAGAAAAAGAAAAGGAAAAGGAAAAGGAAAAGGAAAAGGAAAAGGAAAAGGAAGAGGAAAAGGAUAAGGAAAAAGAUAUAGAAAAAGAUAAGGAAAAAGAAAAGCAGAAUGAGGAUAGCACUGAUAGAGAACCAGUCAGAGAUCGCGAAGAGAAGAUCAAUGUCAAACCCGACGAUGAUGGAAUUUGUGGAGUGCCGGAGCCAAUGGAUAUAUGUACAAGUUUGCCAUCUGUGCCUUGUGAAAUUCCAGCAUCAGAUGUAACUAUUUUGGAAGGGCAUACUUCUGAGGUUUUUGUUUGUGCAUGGAGUCCAGCAGGUUCACUUCUAGCGUCAGGGUCUGGAGAUUCAACAGCACGGAUUUGGAAAAUCCCAGAUGGGCCUUGUUGCUCUAGUAGUGGGCCUCCAAACGUACUUGUCUUGAAACAUUUUAAGGGUCGAACUAAUGAGAAAAGCAAGGAUGUCACUACACUUGAUUGGAAUGGGGAAGGGACACUACUCGCGACAGGGUCAUAUGAUGGGCAAGCAAGAAUCUGGAGUAGAGAUGGGGAGCUGAGGAGCACGUUAAACAAACACAAAGGACCCAUCUUUUCUCUAAAGUGGAACAAGAAGGGUGAUUGUCUUCUUAGUGGCAGUGUUGAUAAAACAGCCAUUGUGUGGGAUGUCAAGACAGGGGAGUGGAAGCAACAGUUUGAAUUUCAUUCAGCUCCAACACUUGAUGUUGACUGGAGAAACAAUGCUUCCUUCGCAACAUGCUCAACAGACAACAUGAUUUAUGUUUGCAAGAUUGGAGAGAAUCGCCCCAUUAGAACUUUUUCAGGGCAUCAGGGAGAAGUUAAUGCUAUCAAGUGGGAUCCAACUGGAACAUUGUUGGCUUCUUGCUCUGAUGAUUUCACUUCAAAGAUAUGGAGUAUGAAGCAGGACAAGUAUGUGCACGAUUUGAGGGAGCAUGUCAAGGAGAUAUAUACCAUCAGAUGGAGUCCUACUGGACCAGGCACCAACAAUCCCAAUCAGCAGUUGGUGCUGGCAAGUGCAUCCUUUGAUUCAACAAUAAAGUUAUGGGGGGUGGAGCAUGGGAGUCUUCUUUAUAGCUUAAAUGGUCACAGGGACCCUGUAUAUUCUGUUGCAUUUAGCCCAAAUGGUGAGUAUUUGGCUAGCGGAUCUUUAGAUAAAUGCAUGAACAUCUGGUCAACUCGAGAAGGGAAGCUUGUUAAAACAUACACUGGUAAUGGAGGCAUAUUUGAAGUCUGUUGGAACAAAGAAGGUGGCAAAAUUGCUGCCUGUUUUGCGAAUAACACUGUCUGUGUCAUGGAUUUCCGAAUGUAGUGAGUUUAAAUUUCACCAAGAGUGCUGGCUCCGUGCAUUCACCGAAGGUGGUGAGCAAAUUGUGUGUAAAACACAUUCACGAAUCAUGAUGAGGAAUUUAAGCUAGCCAAUUCUGGUAUCCUAAUUGCCUCAUCAUCUUGUAUUUCCAUUCACUUUUUGAUUCAUGCUGCUCAUGAAUGAUGAAACUUGCGUUGCACAAUAGAACUGUACAAAUACCUGAAUACAUGAACCUGUUUAGAUGAAUAUAGUAAUGUAGUCCCUUUUGUACUGCUGGAAGACACUUAUGAUUGAAUUUUAAUGUGUUGUGCCCAUCAUUAACUAUAAAA